AUGGGCAGAGGUGAUUUCAAUAGUAGAGGUGGAGGAAGAGGUGCCCCAAGAGGCGGCAGUUUCGGUAGAGGAGGAGGACGAGGAGGAAGACCUCAGUAACCAUAAGGGCCACCUGCAAAAGUUGAACCAUUUGCUACUUUCUCUCAUGUUUGUGGAAAUCAAAUUAUUGUUAAGGCUCUAGGAAAACAAUUAGUUCCCAGAUUCUUUAGAAGUGUGUAUUUUGAAAAUAAGCAACCAAUCGGUAAAGUUGAUGAAAUAUUUGGUCCAAUUGAAAAUUACUUAUUCUCAGUAAACCUUGAAGAAGGAAUUGCUCCAAAAUCAUUUAAAUAAGAUCAAUUGAUUUACAUGGACUCCUAUGAUUGCAUGCCUAUGGAUAGAUUUUUACCCAGGCCAAAAGGUGCACCAGGAAUAAGCAGAGGAGGAUCAAGAGGCGGUGGUAGAGGAGGACCAAGAGGAGCACCUAGAGGAGGUGGUUUUAGCAGAGGAGGACCCCCAAGAGGUGGAAGAGGAGCACCCAGAGGAGGUGGAUUUAGCAGAGGAGGUGGAUAAUAAAGAGGAAGUUAUGGAAGAGGAGGAUUUAAAAGAUGA